AUGGAAGAAGGCAAUUUACAAUCUCCAUCAGUCCAAUCAUCCGAUAAGCUAGUUAUUAACCAACCUGACAGUCUUGUACUAGAAAGCCAAAGUACAAGUGAAGAAAAUGAGACUGAUAUCCCCCAAAAAUUAGAUCAUAAAGAUAGAAAGCAGUUAAAAGUUAUAAAAGAAAGUUCUAAUUGUACUAAUGUUAAAACUACAUAUUGCACUUGCCUUGUAUCAAAUGAUUCGGAUAAAAAUUGUGAUGCACAAUUAAAAAUUGUAGGCGGGUCAACUUUGAACUUAAUAUCUCAUUUAUGGAAGAGUCAUGGUAUUAUGCAAAAUGGAUCUAACUUAUAUGAACCAGAUGAUAAAUAA